AAUAGUUUUCAGAGCUCAGCUUUUUAUCAACCAGUACACAUUGAACUUAAAAGUCCAUUCGAAUCAUAUCUUUAAACAAAUUUUUUGGUAUUCAAUAUGUCAAUUAGUUAUGGAUAAGCGAGUGACGAACAGUGCUGCACUUCCAGAAGGUUUACUUGAAAACUGGAAUUUGUUUAGGCAAAGUCAUGGAAGCGUCAUAUAUACCAAAAAAACUUGCUAGUAGAACUAGCCAGUGUCUUUCAGAGGCAUGUAUACAACUAGCGACCACAUACACAAACUGCAUAGUCGAGAACUUUGAAGCAAGAUUGCUUAAAUACCUUUCAUAUCUUAUUCAAUACACUUUUGUGUCAAUGGUGCCCCAAGACGUGAAUAAAAUGGCUUAUGGUUAUUGUUAUCAAUCUGUAUGCAAAGGAGAGCCUAAAUGGCCGCAAGGUGUUACUUUCACUCAAGAAACAAAAACAGCAGCUGAUGAGGCUUGCCUGCCAUUGCAGCAGCUUAUAACCACACAAGUAACACUAAAGGAAUUGUCUGCGUCUCAAGUACUUUUUUGCCUUGUAUUUUGUAUAUACUAUCGAAAUAUGAAGAAGAACAUAAAGAGCACCAUGCUUAUGAUGUUAGAAGACUACCUCUGCGUAGGCUUUUUUCUGUAUUACCAAACCCAUCGCUGCACUGGCGAUGCAUCAAUAUCAGCGCAAAUUCUUUAUCUGCCUUUGUUAAAGAACCUUUACCACGGGGAUACAACGAUCAGCUAAGAAUGUUUUGCAGAGUUUUCAAUUUCAGAAAACUGAGAAUCGACAGUAUCGACGAUUUGUUUCCUAACCAGAACAACAGGAUCGUGUUUGCAAAUACUGUCAAGUCUGACGGAUUUUCAGUUGAUUUUGUAUUCAACAAAAGAACAACAAAAGAUACCUCUUUAAUAGCAAACAUUGAUUUAAAGCUUGAAGAUUUUGGCUUGGAAGAAGUAAAGCAAACAUACCAGCCCAUGUUUCUUGAUCCUGGGAGAAAAACCGUGUUCAUCGUUGUAGUUGGUUUA